AUGCUGUAUGAACUAAUAGGCGUGGUCCGCCCCGGCCGCAGCAUCAACGAGAUCAAAGAAAUCACCCGCACAACCGGCAACAUCGUCCUCUCAGCCGGCGGCGUAGUACGAGGCAUCACGAACUGGGGCACAUUCACACUUCCCAAGCCUGCGCGGAAACAGGGCGCAACAUACAAAGAUGGACACUACUUCAUCCUGAGAUUCGAUUCGAGCGCGAAGACACAGCAUGCCGUGCGGAGGACCUUAGGACUGGAUCCACGGAUGAUCAGAUAUAGUGUGGUACAGCUGGGCAGUAAGCUGGAUGAGAUCAAGGAUAUUGCGGGUAAGGCGAAUUGGGGUGGUGUUGUUGGCGGGAGGGAUUGA